AUGCCGUCCGAUAUUCCAGAACGCCAAGGGACUCCAGGUACGCCACCGAAAUUGUCACCAUCGACUCUGCCAGCUGCAGCAGACUUGGAAGUGUCCAAGGUAGAAGAGGAAGAUGUGACUGGGGUGGUGUUCUCUCCAGAAUUAUGGAUGCAAAGGAGGAGUUGGGCAAUGGACGUGCUUCGGAAUGAAGGUGUCAGAUCGGUCCUAGAUAUCGGAUGCGGUCCCGGAGCUCUACUUGAAACACUGGUCGUCCCCCCUUCUUCAGUGUACGAGGAACCCAUUCGCUCACUGGCCAAAGCGAAAGGUUCACAUCUACCGAGCCCUGUCGAUAGUCUGGACGAGCUUGCAGAAGGGAGCGAGCUCUUCAUCGACCGCCUCGCUGCCCUUGACCCAUCACCAUCUUACAUGCCCCCGGCCCUUUCCAUCAUGUCGACACCACCCUCACCCACCUCCUCCUUUUCACCAGCAGCUCAACCUCGUUGGGAACCUUUGCAUACAGAACUAUGGCUUGGAGGCAUUGAAAAGUACAACGCGAGGUUGGAGGGAUACGAAGCCAUCACCUGUCUAGAAGUGAUCGAACAUUUGGAUCCCAACGUCUUGAGCAGAUUCGGGGUCGUGACCAUGGGAACUUACCGACCGAGGUUGCUCCUUGUGACCACACCCAAUUUUGACUUCAAUGCCAAAUUUCCUCGCGCGGCCGACCAUGAUUUCGCCAAAGUCGGCUUCAUGGACCCGACCGGACGGACAGAGCGUGUCUUCAGGCAUUCGGAUCACAAGUUGGAGAUGACAAGCGGAGAGUUUAGGGAAUGGGCGACGUCCGCAGCGGCUGAUUGGGGCUACGAUGUCGAGCUUGGCGGAGUGGGCAUUUCCAAUAAACCGUCCUACUAUCCGGCAGAUGAUCCUCAUCUUCCGAACCAACCCAUUUACGCUACUCAGACCGCCAUCUUCCGACUGGAAGCUCUUCCAGCUCGUUCACCUCGAUCAGUCCGAUCGAGCCAGUUGCCAUUUAUGCCUGGAUCCAAAGAAUCCAGUCAUUCUCAUAAACUUGCUGGAAAGUUUGUCCAUCCACCAACAGUCGAGGCAAAGACAAAGUUGCUCCCGGAACAAGUCGUGGACAUGGUGAAAGAGACCUUGGCACAGUGGAAUGUCGGACAGGUGUCCAUUGGCGAAUUAUGGGCGAGAUCCGACAUUUCUCUGGCGUGUGCAGGCAGCAAGAGAUACUUUGUCAGUUGUCUAGGUGGAUGGGGAGAUUGCCCGCCGGCACGACAAGGAGGAGCUGGAGAAUGUGAGGUGUACAAUGAGCGAGGCCAGGGAUUGAGCGUGAGGUGGAAAAGCUUCCAGCCGGUAACAACGGAGCGUCACCAGAGCUGGGGAUCAGAACAGAGGGAAUUGGAGGGACCCUCGGAGAAGACUGGAGGAUGGUGA